AUGAUCUUCUCCAGUGUUGCCCUCGUCCUAGCCAGCCAGCUGGUGGCCAAGGCAGCCGCCUCCCCAGCCGCCGCCUCUGUCAGCAAGCGUUCGCCGCUGGGAAUCAGCCUUCCGCCUCUCAUCCCUUCUAUUCCCGGUGUGACUGAGCCUCUGGUUGAUGGGGCGCCGCCUCUGCCGAUUCUGCAGCUGCCUACGCCGCCGCUGGACAGCCUCCCCUUUGAGACCAAGAACCUGCAGCCCAAAAAGAUUGGCUACAUCUGGACCGGUGCCGGUGACAACCACCACAAGGAUUUCCUUGCCGCCGUCAGUCUCGAUGACGAUACGUUUGGAGAAUUCAUCCAUAUUGCGGAUGUGCCCACCAGCGGCAACUCGCCUCACCAUCUGGGUGUCUCCCUAGAUGGAAAGACGCUGGUUGGCGGCGGUCUCCUGUCACUUCUCAAGACUCAGGACACGAGCUACUACUGGGAUUCGAGUGACCCUUACCACCCCCAGUUCGCGCACAGCAACAGAGCCCUGCUCAGCUCCAUCACCGACGAGAUCCGAGCCAAGCCCGAGGGUGGAUUUUUCAUUACUUUCAUGGGAAGUGCCCUGGGAACCUCACCCGGUCGCCUAGUCGAGACCGACGCCCAUGGCAACAUUAUCCACGAGUGGCCCGAGGACGUCGACGGCACGCUUAAUAUUCUCGGACAGCAGUUUAGCCCUCACGGCCUGAGUGUUGACUUUGAGAAGAAUCUCAUUCUUACCUCUGACUUUGUCGUCCCGCUCAGCAUUCUCAAGCCCGUCUCUGCCCUGGGCAUCCAAAAGGCCAACACUUUGCGUCUGUGGACUCUGGACGACCGCAAGAUCAUCUCCACCAUUACCAUCCCUGAUGGCCAAGGUAUUCAGGACGUCAAGUUCAUCCCUGGCAACCCUGAAAGCGCUGCGCUCGCUACCGCGGUCAAGAAUGGCCAGGUCUGGAUCAUCUACCCCUUCCGCAAGGACGCCAAGGGCAAGCAGGGUGUCGCCGAGCUCCUCUACGAUUUCGGCACCAAGGCCAAGGAGUCGCUCGCCAUUUACUCUGACGUUUCCGACGACGGCAAGCUCGCCUACUUUACCUUUACGCUCGGCAACCACGUCGCCGCCCUCGACAUCUCCGACCUCGGCAACGUCAAGCGCCUCGAUGACCCCGACGAGCAGCAGCCCAUCAUCGGCCCCCACUACGUCAAGAUUUCGCCCGACAAGAAGAACCUGCUCGUCUGCGGCUACUUUGUGCAGGCUGGCGAUAUUUCUGUUCUCAACACGCCUGGCGACUACAAGGUUCACUGGAUUGACAUUCUAGAGAACGGUGCGCUCAGCUUCAACCGUACUAUUGACUUUGAGACCAUCUUUACCCGCACUCGCGGUGGUGCUCGUCCUCACAGCGCCGUCAUCUUUGAUCUCACGGACCCUAACCACCCCGUCUACUACUAG